GACAGUCGGAUUUUCGACCGCACCCACUCACCCACCUCAUCUCACCGUUAAAUUAGUUGGUUAGCGACACCCACCACACCACAACACGCAACAACAUUGAAAACACGACAAAGGCAUUUUUGCACAUUCUACCAGAACUGAAAGCACGCACGUUACCUUCCCAAAUGGCAAGAGUGUCAGCUCUCCUCUCAACUUUCGGUGUCAUGCUGUUGUGGCCUUUUGCCCUGACAAAGAGCAUGUCAUCGACACUUCACGCGACUCACGCUGACUCCUCCAUGUCUGCAGGCCAUGGAGAAGAGCGCUCCCAUGUGGUGAAACGCUUCACCCAGAAUUGUGACUCCUCUUAUGCAAACUACUGCAUGAACGGAGGUCAGUGCAUGCUACUGGUGGAUGUCAAGGAGCACCAUUGCAAGUGUCACAGCGGUUUCUACGGCCCCCGCUGUAGUAACCUAGAGCUGGUCUUCAAGCCAGUAGGAGAGGUGCAGCUCGUCUUCAUCAUCUUCUGUGUGACUUUGCUCAUCAUGGGCCUGGCUGGAGCUCUCUUCUGUUGCUGCAAGUACAAGAAAAAUAAAUGCAAUCCCAAACAGAAGCGGCAUGGCUAUAAAGGAGUGCAGACAGCAUAGCGUUUCCAUGCUGGACAUGACAACAUGAACCGAACAUGAAACGUGAACUUUUUUUAAAAAGGUGUUUGUUUUUAAUUGAAAUCUUGCAUUUUAGCUUUUGGCAUGGUGCGAGCUUGUAUUUAUUUAUCAUAUUCUUCAUUUUCUGACCCCUUAAAAAAAUCACAAUGUGUUUACUUAGAAAGGAUGUUGAUAAUUUAUUAUUAUAAAGACUUUAUGUGUAUAUUGAAAGUUCUGCCACAAACCAAUAAAACAGAACAUCUUACACUGA